GGAAAAUUGAUCCACCGUACCACAGCGCUUUGCGAUUUCGUAAGUAAAAGUCGAAGAUCAUAUUACAUAAGACUAUAAGGUAUUUGUCACGAAGGAAGAGCACUCGAGGCUCGACUCGCCUCCAACUGAGUAUAUUGUAUAUGUCUAAGUGAUGAGGAAUAAUCGCAAAUCGUCCUCUUGGUCGAACGGUUAGCGUAUAUAGCUUGAUAUUUCGAAGAAUCCGUCUAGAAAAGCGAGUCUUUUAAACCGUGCAGUGUAUUUAAAACACAAUGGUGAGUUUGUCCAGCAUAUGCGUGCUUUUCUAGCAACAACGAAGCAUUGUUGUGAUUAUAUUUUCAUGUUUGUAGUUCGUAGCAUCGUUUUAAACAGUGUUUAUAUUAUGUCAGAAGCGCGACACUGCGCGCAUAUAUUAAAGCCUGGUUCACCGAGAUACGCAUAAGCAGGAAUACAAAAGAAAAACUUGCAAAGAGAAAGCGGACAGAUUUUUUAUUUGAAAUGAAAAGUGUUUCCUUUAAGCAGUUAGCUUAUACGUAGUUGUAGAGUUAUGUCGCAUGCUUCAUUGCAUUUCUUUUAUUUCCCUUUUGUCUUUUUUAUGCUUAUGCUUAUCUCAUUCGUGUGAACUGGGCUAUUCAAUGUUUAUUUACCAAUAAAUUUGAAGGACUAUCAAACAGCAAAAGACAAAGAACGCGCGACGCUGGAAUAUGGCGUAAUUAUGUGAUAUGAUAUAUUUAUUCAAGCGUGUCGAGUUAGUCACUAUUUGUCUACUUGAUGUUCUUCUAUAUCUUCUUUUGAAAACGUUUGUCAAUCCUGAUAUAUCUUGUUGUAUUUGCGAUGUUCUGUUACUCUGUUGAUCCGACCAGUUAGGUCCGACUAGCCGAAAAAUUCACCUUACUUGCUAAAAUGAACCGAGCGAGCUUGAGCUCUCCCUCGCAGCAAAUAACAACUUGUAUAAUUUUCUUUUUAGCAAGUCUAAUUAUGUUCGCUCACGCGUUUAGUAGAGACCUUACGAUGUGGGACGGCAACGUGACGACGACGGCUAUUCAUACAACGAGAUUUAUAAUAUUUAAGGGGGAAAAUGAAUAAUUAAUAUCCCACGGGAAUUUGAGACGUCACCACGACCACGGUCUGUUUACAACGGGAAAGUGGGAAACUACAGACCGGUAGUCCCAGGAAUUUCGCACCCCCUACAAUUUCGCACCCCAGGGGGGGGGGGGCGAAAUUCUUAGUAAUAUCGCCCUCCCGCGGGGGGGCGAAAUUCCUAGGAAAAUCGCCCCCUUUAGGAAAUUCGCCCCCCUUUAGAAACUUCACCUUUCUUUUAGGAUUUGUUUCCUCCGUUAAAAAUUUCGCCCUUCCUAACAGUUGCAUGGGAUAAUUAUUACAUGGCUUUACUCAUUUGAAAUCAGUAUUAAUUCAAAAUUGUUAAGAUAGAGCUUGAAAUAACAGCCGAUCACCGAUCAAUGAUCGGCAAGAAAUUGCUUAUGAUCGGCGGAAAAGCAGGUUUACCGCAACCUGGAAAAAGCAGGGAAAGUCAUGACUGCCGAUCACCAUGCUCCGGUAUGGCGUCAUAUCACCGCCAAUAUUCAUGUAUAUCAUGCUUUCGACAUUGAAGUUAAAUAGGACAUUCAGCACCUACGUGCUUUCGACAUUGAAGAUAAAUCUGACAUUGAACAUGCAGAACAUUCAACAUAUUUUCGACAUUGAAGUUAAAUAGGACAUUCAACACCUACGUGCUUUCGACAUUGAAGAUAAAUCUGGCAUUGAACAUGCAAAACAUUCAACAUAUUUUCGACAUUGAAGUUAAAUAUGACAUUGAACACCCAUGUGUUUUUGACAUUGAAGUUAAACCGGACAAUGAACAUGCCGCGAAUUUAGCACCCAUCACAACUUCAACGUUCAAAAUAUGUUGAAAAAAAUUACCACAUGUUGAAUAUUGGCGGAGUUGAACGAUAGCGUCAAAUCUCCGCCAAUAUUAAUUAAGCUAACACAAGAUAACCCCCCGGCCAAAUCCAUUCGUGUCCAGACCUCUAGAACAUAUCACAUGACGCAAGCCGAGGAUCGAAUUCGCCGCAUCUUAGUCAGUAAACUGUGCUGUAUUGGAGGCCGUAUAUUCACCAUAAUAUUCGCGUAUAUUCGCUUGAUUGUCUUAAAUUAAUUGACUUUUAUAGCGCAGAUUGAAUUGCUAGAGACGCAAAAAUUAUAUUUUAAAAAUUCCUAAUAAUCGCAUUAUAAAUAAUCGAUACAUUUUAUUUAGAGUGUAAUUGCAAAAACAAUGCGUACGUCAAACCAUAGUUACUGAAUUUUUGCUGCGGCAGAAAGGCAGAUGGUUUUCUUUAUAUAUUAAAUCGUGAGGCCAUAUGAUGUAAUUUGAUAGUACUUGUCAAUUUAGCAUAAUUUUGCCCACUUUUCUAAGUUCCGGAUCCGUGAGCCUUUAAUAAUUUUAUUUGUCAUUUACUUAUACAACAAUUCAAAAAAAUCCUACCUGUUUCCAAAACUUUUGUGUUACACACUUAAUAGGUGUCUUCUUACUAAUUCAAUAACUGUUACACAAUAAAGAUUUUUGCUGUCAAUUGCACUAGAAUUAGCGUUUUAAUAAUAGCACAUAAUAGUUUCGUGAGAAAAUUUAUUUAUCUUAUACCAUAAACUUCUGAUUAUGAUUACGGGCUAGUAUAUCGAAUGGUGUGAACGUUAGUAAUGUGACGGGGUCAUAGACGUCGGGCCGCUUAUAUUCGGGGACUUAUAAUCGGAAGUUUAUGGUAUAAGAUAAAUAAAUUUCUUCACGAAACUAUUCUCCUAGUUUAAAAAUUAAAAGGAUGUGCUAUUAUUAAAAUGCUAAUUCUAGCUAGUGCAAUGGACAACUUGCAUGUUAGACUAAAUUUUAAUCUAAGCAUAGAAAAGGGAAUCAAACACCACAGCUAAAAAGAACAUACUGAAAUUAGUAAAAGUGCAAAAUUUGGCUGCGAAAUGUUGUAAAGCUUGGAAAAUAUAGCCUUGCAAAGUUUGCAUAUUUUCAGUAUAUUUGUAUUACGAGCGGAAAUUGUUACCAUUUUCGGCUCAAAAAUGGUAACAAUUUCCGCACGUAAUACAAAUAUACUGAAAAUAUGCAACCUUUGCAAGGCUAUAUUUUCCAAGCUUUACAACAUUUCGCAACCAAAUUUUGCAAGUUUACUAAUUUUAAUAAGUUCUUAACGGGAAUUUACUUUUUUUUUGCCUAGAUCGGUUAGAUCAAAAAUUUGUCUAACAUGCAAGUUGUCUAUUGACAGCAAAAAUCUCUAUUGUGUAACAGUUAUUGAGUUAAUAAGAAGACACCUAUUAAUUAAGUAUGUAACACAAAAGUUUGUAAACAGUAGGAUUUUUUGUAAACAGUUGUAUAAGUAAAUGACAAAUAAAGUUAUAAAAGGCUCACGGAUCCGGAAAGAAAAGUGCUCAAAAUUAUGCUAAAUUGACAAGUACUAUACUAUCACAUUACACCACAACGAUUUAAUAUAUAUAUAUAAAGAAAACCAUCUGCCUUUCUGUCGCAGCAAAAGUUCACGUUGACGCACGCAUUGUUUUUGCCAGUACACUCUAAAUAUUAAAAUGUAUCGAUUAUUUAUAAUGCGAUUAUUAGAAAUUUUUAAAAUAUAAUCUAAUAAAUAAAAUAAUAUCAAUUUUUAUACAUUUAAUAACAGCUGUUGACUGUUGUCUCAAUCGCUCAGCAACUUCAAACAGAGCAUCUGCGUGCAUCUCUUGCGGAAAUUAUUGCCUCUGGGUUCAUUCUACCAGAUUUUGCGUUUUUUUGCGUCUCUAGCAAUUCAAUCUGCGCUAUAAAAGUCAAUUAAUUUAAGACAAUCAAGCGAAUAUACGCGAAUAUUAUGGUGAAUAUACGGCCUUCAAUACAGCGACAAGAUGCGGCGAAUUCGAUCCUCGGCUUGCGUCAUGUGAUAUGUUCUAGAGGUCUGGACACGAAUGAAUUUGGCCGGGGGGUUAUCUUGUGUUAGCUUAAUUAAUAUUGGCGGAGAUUUGACGCUAUCGUUCAACUCCGCCAAUAUUCAACAUGUGGUAAUUUUUUUCAACAUAUUUUGAACGUUGAAGUUGUGAUGGGUGCUAAAUUCGCGGCAUGUUCAAUGUCCGGUUUAACUUCAAUGUCAAAAACACAUAGGUGUUCAAUGUCAUAUUUAACUUCAAUGUCGAAAAUAUGUUGAAUGUUUUGCAUGUUCAAUGGCAGAUUUAUCUUCAAUGUCGAAAGCACGUAGGUGUUGAAUGUCUUAUUUAACUUCAAUGUCGAAAAUAUGUUGAAUGUUCUGCAUGUUCAAUGUCAGAUUUAUCUUCAAUGUCGAAAGCACGUAGGUGCUGAAUGUCCUAUUUAACUUCAAUGUCGAAAGCAUGAUAUACAUGAAUAUUGGCGGUGAUAUGACGCCAUACUCCGGAACUUUGGGAACGUUAUUUCAAGCCAUGUAAGAAUACAAAUUUACAAUUCCACGUAUCGAAAGAGCUUACAGCAGAUCAAUAGGACUUAUGACGCUUCACAUGCAGCACACCAUGCAUAUUUUGCAUUUUCAGUGGUAAUCCUUAAACUGAUUGUUAAAAAGUAAUCACCGUGGUGGUUAUUGUAAUUAUUGGUAUUUUAAAAACUUGUUGUUUUUUUAACUGACACAUGCAUAAACUGUAUGUUUUUUAUAAUCACACCGUUUAGGCCCGUUUCAUACGCCGUACUUCACAUGCGCCGAAUGCAUUAAAGACAAUAGAUAAUGAGCUGAAAUGCCUCAUUACCUAUUGUUUUUAAUGUAUUCGGCACAUGUGAAAUACGGCGUAUGAAACGGGCCUAAGGCCCGUUUCAUACGCCGUAUUUCACAUGUGCCGAAUACAUUAAAAACAAUAGGUAAAGAGCACUAAAAAUCUACUUCUCUCUACUGAUGCAAUAUUCACAAAAUUAUUCAUUGACAUUGAUUGAAAAUAAUUGUGAAUUUGGUUAGGUAAUUUUAUACUGAUCGAUCGUGUUUAUGGUAUUUAGUACUAUACCACCACAUCAGCUAAGGCUAAGCUAUAAAUUUACUAUCGUGUUUAUAGAAGAAAUACGUUUAGUUUCAUUGUUAUUAUUAACUGUAGUCAUGCAGUAACACAUUUGCCAAAUUUGAACUUGGUUGCCUUCGCCUGAAACACGUUAUCAUUGUAUUGACAAACACGAGGGCAAACAUGAUGGAAUUGAUCGAAUUUCAAAAUAUGAAAUAGACGGUCUUAGUAUGUACAACGUGUCAUACCCAUUCAAAGGCAAAGCCCAGAAACAUUUCGUCCUAUACUGUAUAUAAAUUGAGCAUUAUUCAAUAUACUAAUUAGCCUGUAAUUUUGUCUCCUUAUUGUAAUAAAAAGAUAAAUCACAUUUUUCAACGCUCUUUUCAACUUGCAAUCGUUUUGUUUUUAGACAAAAAAUUUAAAAUUUAUAUAGGGGACGAAUUUCCUGAAGGGGGCGCUAUUCCUAGGAAUAUCCCCCCCGAAAGGGGCGAAUCUCCUGGGGGGGGGGCGGAAUUCCUGUGACACCGGCUUUUACGUCUUAGAACUUACUCAACAAUAAAGCCACUAUUUCAAGGUAAACCGCUAGACCAAACGGUAUUAAAUUGAUACGAUCAAUAAUAGUCUACAAACUUUCUUCACAAUCGUUUAUUUGAAUGAUUUUAUUCUGACCGUCGUCGUCGCGUUGCCGUCCUACAUCGUGAGGUCUCUAGUUUUAGUUACAAUACGAGACACGUUACAAUCACGCGUUCUAACUCGUUUUAUACUCCUUACAAUACGAGACAACUUACAAUGACGCGUUCACACUUCACACUACAAUGACGCGUUCUCAUUCGUUUUACUUCUUACAAAACGAGACAAGUUACAAUGACUUAUGACGCGUUCUCAUUCGUUUUACUUACAAUACAAUACGAGACAAGUUACAAUGACUUAUGACGCGUUCUCAUACGUUUUACUUACAAAACGAGACAAGUUACAACAUAGACAAUCCAGAAGACAGGGACUGGAAACGCAAGCUAGAAAUAUGAUGACAAAUCGUGACAUCCGUGAUGUGCCUGUCACGUAGCAAUUACUUGGUUACCACGGUAACAAGUCUUUAAAUUUACAUAAAAACAAAGGCAAAUGCGUGUAGUUUAUGCAAAAUAUAUCGUAAAAAAAGCGUAUUAUCUGAAUUUUGGGAUCGUAGUCGUGGAGCGGCUAUACUAUCAAAGGUAGAUACGUCCAAAUUUUCAUUUAUUUCUAUUUUAUAGUGAUGCUAAAUGUAAAAUUUGGAUCGUGCUAUCGGUAAAUCGCGCACGCAGCAAUUAUUUUAUGGUCAAAGUAUGUGUAAUCACAAGAUUGUAAUCUAUCGAAUAGGCUAUUUUUUAUAUCAAUUUGGUAUCAUAUUCAGCCAAAAAUGUUUACUGAAUUUGAUUGACAGAAUUACGAAUGUUGUUAGCCGGCAAUUGUUAUCGUCAUAUUAUUCUGAAAACUCGCUGGCAAAACUAACCCUGCAACUGGAAAAUAAACUAUUUUUGUACCUUUUGGUCAAAAUAUGUGUAAUCACAAGAUUGUAAUCUAUCGAAUAGGCUAUUUUUUAUAUCAAUUUGGUAACUUAUUCGCCCAAAAAUGUUUACUGAAUUUGAUUGACAGAAUUACGAAUGUCGUUAGCUGGCAAUUGUUAUUGUCAUAUUAUUCUGAAAACUUGCUGGCAAAACUAACCCUGCAACUGAAAAAUAAACUAUUUUUGUACCUUUUGGUCAAAAUAUGUGUAAUCACAAGAUUGUAAUCUAUCGAAUAGGCUAUUUUUUAUAUCAAUUUGGUAACUUAUUCGCCCAAAAAUGUUUACUGAAAAUUUGACGGCCAAAAUUACUUUUGCGCCAACUAGAAGAUGGCCAUUUCUGUUGCCCCCACUUCGAACCAUGUAACUAUACUUUAAUGAAAUAAAGUUCAGAGUUUGUAAUUUACAUAUUUUGAACAAAAAUAGACCUGUGCAUGCACUUGUCCCGUUUUGAAACUUAUAUCGGGUCAAACAAAGCCAAAAACGUCCUUUGAAUGCUUGCGUAAUGUUUUUCACUGAAAAAAGUCGCCAUUGCCAUUUGUUGUUGUCCGGCAAAGUUUGUACCGGCUAACUUCGAACCCUGCAACUACAGUUCAAAUAAAGUUCAGGGUUUGCAAUUUACAUAUUUAAAACAAAUAUAGACAUGUGGAUGCAUUUCUCCGGUUUUUAAACUUAUAUUGGGUCAAACAAAGGCAAAAACCACCUUUUAAUGAUUGCGUAAUGUUUUUGACAGCAAAAAAGUCGUCAUUGCCAUUGGCAUUUUUGUUGGCAUUGUCGAAAGUUAAGAGUGUUAAACAUACAAAACUCACCGUUAAAAUAACUGAAACCUUGUUUUUAUUUCUUUUAAAUAAUGGGUGCCUUAGCAAAAAGGGUUUUCGAGAAAGAAAGGAUUUGUUGUCAAUAUUAAAAAUGGAAGGUAUAUUAAAAUAAAAACCGAAAAUUGCCAAAUUCGAAUUUUAAAAUAUAGUGCAAGGAAAACUUCGAAAAGAUAACUUCAAUCAAUUUAUAUAACGUAAUUACAGUGAAGCAAAAUUGAAUAAAUAUACAUAAACUUAACUAAAGUAAACUAAAAUACGCAAACAAACAUGAAUCGUGCCUGAAAGUCCACCCCAAAUUGGAAAUCAACAUUUUCGAACAAGCUCGAAAAUUCUCUGCACUUGUCUCUGAAUAUUAGAAGAUCCGUUUUAUAAACUUUACACACAAUGUGAUAUACCUAACUCCCUUUUCAGUGUAGAUUAUUUAAACAAUUUUCCAGUAUAUAAACAGCUGUAAAACAGCAAACAAGUACCGGUCCACAAUCUAUCGCUUUAUUCUUUUUCGAAGCAAAAGGCGCCAUUCAGUAAUUUACUGCACAUGGCAUGAUUGGCACAAGCGUCACGCAAGCACAUCACGGAUGGCACGCGCAAAACAUUAGGCGUUUCCAGUCCCUGUCUUCUGGAUUGUCUAUGGUUACAAUGACGCGUUCUAACUCGUUUUACUCCUUACAAUACGAGAGAAAUUACAAUAACGCGUUCUAACUCGUUUUACUCCUUACAAUACGAGACAAGUUACAAUAACGCGUUCACACUACAAUGACGCGUUCUCAUUCGUUUUACUUCUUACAAAACGAGACAAGUUACAAUGACGUGCUCUCAUCGUUUUACUCCUUACAAUACGAGACAAGUUAAGGCUGUUUUCCAGUCUCACGUUUUCAUACAUACGUACACGCACGGAAAAGUUGAAAUAUCUUUAAAUGUUACUUAUGAAAUAACUGAAUGAAUAAAAGGAAAGCAUAUAGUUUUGUGAAUGAUUUAAUGUGCAUUUGUACAGGUAAUUCAUACUAGUCUUAAAUUGAAAAAUAUUUAAACUUUUCCGUGCGCAUAUAAAAACGCUUGAUUGCAUGGAAGGCAGCCUUUAUAAUAACGCAUUCAUGAAGGGCAUAUAGGAAAGGUAACCCAAUUUUAGCAUGUUAUUGUGCGUCAAGUGAAAGUGUUAUUUUUAGAAGUUCUGGAUAAGCAUGCCCCAGUUCAGCAUAUUAACAAAAGAUAGUUUGGUGUCUCAUGCAUGAGGACAUCAAUAUAGAGAUAACAGAAAGCGUAAAGCGAUGGUGACACACUUAGAUGCAGACUGGGAUGAAUAUAAAACAUCCAGAAACAAGGUCAAUGUUGCCUUACAAAAGAGGCUUAGAAAAUAAUUAAUAAUUUACUAGGUCGAUUCCCAGUGGUACAGUUGUGAAUGAAUUAAAGAUUAAUGAUGUUUAAUAUCACUUCACUUAAAGAAAUGGCUGAUGCCUUGAAUCAAUAUUUCACUAAUAAUAAAUUUCACUUAGUAAAAUAUUUCUAUGCGGCUGUUUCUGAUGUUUAUAAAGCCGCUUUUCCAUUAGGCGGAAUUUUGCGCGCGCCAGCGGAAAUUUUCUUUGUCUUGUGAAUUUUGAUUUUUCGGGUGGAACUAAUUAGAAAAGACAAAGAAAAAUUCCGCUCCGCUUGCAAAAUUUCACCUAUUGAAAACCGGCUUAAAAUUAAGGGCCCACGGAAUCUGCUUGAAAGUUAUAGGCCAAUUUCAAUUUUGCCUGCAGUAAACAAAUUAAUACAAAAAAUUAUGUAUGACCAGAUAUACGGAUAUAUCUUGAUGAAAACUCAAUACUCUCGAAACACCAAUUUGGCUUUUGUAAUUUUCAUUCAAUUGUUUCGGCUCUCCUUGACAACACGAACAGUUGGUAUAGGUCAAUGACAUGGACCGCAAAAUGUUUAAAUGGAUCUAAAUGGAUCUAAGUGGAUAGUCUUUUGAUACUGUUAACCACAACAUUCUGUUGCGUAAAGUAAGACUCUACGGUAUUACUGGUUGUGCCUUAUCCUUGAUACAUUCAUAUUUGUCUGACCGUAAACAGAAAUGCCAAUUGGGUGACGUGAUGUCAUCUGAGAGGCAUGUGAAAUGUGGUAUUCUUCAGGGCUCCAUUCUUGGUCCUCUCCUUCCUUAUAUAUGUAUUAUUGACCUGCCGGAGUGUCUUAAGUCUUAACCAAGUUACUCCUCCAUUAUUUGCUGAUGAAACUAACCUUAUAGUAGCUGGUGAGACUAUAGAUGAAGUUGAGUAGACCAUGAAUCAUCUUAUAUGCAUAAAGGAAUGGCUUAAUGUUGCAAAAACAGAAUUUUAUACUGAUUGGUUUUGACUACAAAAUAAAUGAUCUUGCCAGUUGCCACUCAACCAGUCAUCAAAAUCGAUCAAGUCAAAAUUAAACAGAACACUUGGAGUAGAAAUUGAUGAUAAACUAAAUUGGAACAAGCAAAUUGAAGUUGUGGCUAAAAAAGUAACCUCAGGAAUAGUAGCACUAAGACGAAUUUGUAAUUUUGUUGAUAGAGAGACUUUGAUCUUUAUUUAUAAUGCUUUAAUUUAUUUCUGUGACCGUUGGUGUAGAAUCGUUAAGACUCGUAAAAGUAACUUCUCAAACAGAUUUUCGUUUUCGCGCUCCCCUGGUAAGAUAUUAACUCACUCCUCGUUCGCUUUGCGAAAACAAACACUCACUAGCACAAUUCACUAAAUAACUAACCCUGCUAUGUGUGUGGCAUAUAUAUUUUCUGAUGGUAUACUUUAACAAAUAGAUAAAAUUUUGCCGUUGUCUGUUCAGUUAUAGAUAUACAGUAUGACGUCAUAAUGUGGGAAGAACAAAAGGCGAGUGGGUCACUUUUUUGGUCUUCCCACCAGGGUCUUAGCUAGGAUUUUAGAUCUUGGGCGUGUUUCUAAUGACCAGGGCGUGCACAUGUCAAUUACUUUGAAUAGCAAAAUAAUGGCUCUAGUUAUGCUCGCCAACAACAAUGCCUGUGGUUGUUCUAUGCUUUGCAGCCAAAUACAAGGCGAGCAUACGCUCAUAUUGCGCACUGACAAUUAAGUUAUUUCAACAAAAUUAAAACCAUUUGAACACCAUACAGUUCCCAUUAUCCAUCAAAACAUUAAAACAUCACGGAUCACUUUUGCCAAUUCAACAACAACAGUAGAUUCUACAAAUUUUCUUGACGUAAAUAGGAAGAAAUUCUGUCUGUCGUAAGUAUAGCACCACCUUAUUUUAUGAACCUAUAUACACGGCCUUAUAUAAAUAGUGAAGCCGCGUUCAUUUUAUCUAGCCGUGUUUUUGCACUUUUGGCCGCGAUAACACGGCCAACACGGCCCUCUAGCUAAGACCCUGCUUCCCACAUUAUGACGUCAUACUGUAUAUCUAUAACUGAACAGACAACAGCAAAAUCUUAUCUGUUUGUUUUAUAUAAUAAAAAGAAAACCCUGAAUUAAAGAGGUAAAUAGCUUAUUUUUUAUCCACCCAAACAUUUGAAAAUUUGAAGUCGAAAUUUUACAAAUAUCACGCGCACAUGAUCUACACAAAUAAGGGAAUGCUAUUGGCUAACAAAGUUUUGUGUAACGUAAUUCUGUGCGUUUGCCCUCUUUUAGAGCAUGACUCUCGACCAAUGAAAGCGCUUGAAUCCUUAACGUUAUUAUAUAAAGUGAGAUAUUUGCAUCGUUGCGAACUUCGUCUUCGGAAAUAAUUUUGGUACCUCGUGGUCAAAUAUUCGCAGAAUUGGCUCAUAGCGUAUUGUUAAUUUGAGAAACAUAAAUCUUUUGCAGGAGGAGAAACGUGACAGACCAGACAUGAAUCAGAUGAAAGACCUUAUGACAUGUCCUGUGUGCGCGCAGCUGUUUCGCGAACCAAAAAUCCUACCAUGUUUACAUUCAUUCUGCAUGCCGUGUUUGGAAAGUCUGGUGUCCUUUGAUGCCCAGCACCGUUCAUCCCUAAUAUGUCCUCAAUGUCGCAGGAGAGUGCAGGUAAGGGACCCGAUUGCCAACAUUUGUCUAAAUUCCAUCGAUAUAGAAUUAAAAUAGAUAAAGUAUUGUUUAACCACCACCUGGUUUUUGAGGCGGUGCAUGAGGCGGCACGUCAUCAUUAGCGUAAAAUGUCGAUGAUGUUGUAACAGCUAUUUACUUGCGUCGUAGCUGGGUAAAAACAUACAUGUGUGGAUAAAAACUACAUGUGUGGAUAAAAACUUUUUUGGAGAAUGCACACAAAAACUCUUCAACGCAUCAAUAAUCAUCUAGUGUUAUGGCCGAUGGCAACCAUCAUAUUUUGAUAUGAUGAGAACGGUGCCUAUUCAUUAAAUUCAAUCCCAGGCACCAUGCAUCGACAAAGUGGUUUACUUAGAUGUAUCUGAGCGAAAUUUGAUCGUACUAGACCAUCUCAUGGCACAAUCCGGCAAAGAUUAACGUAUACCUGUAGUCUGUAGCUGACCUUUUUACGAGGAAAGCCAUCACCGAAAUUUGUCCAUUGGCUACAUUGUACAAAAUAUAUUUCAUUAAGUUAAGUAGAUGUGAAAUAUUAGCCUUAACGCCCAUUAUAUUGUGUUGUUCAAAUCAUCAAGAGAUAAACAACAAAUCACGAUACUUGGUAGACAAGUAAAUUCUGGCAGAGUACAAGAGUUUAUGGCCGCAACGCCCGCGGGUGUUUUUGAUGUUGAAUUCAAAGCCUAGCUAUACAACAGAUUAUCAACAACGACUUAAGAAAGGCAUAUUGCCAGGCGAAGCUAAUGCCUUAGUCGAAUAUGUGCCCAAGCAGACCUACCAUCAACCGCUCUUGUAAAUGCAAUGUACUGUAUGACACCGAACAGCGAAAGAAAAACGACCCAUCCUCUCCCAUACUCAACUUUUUCUACAAUUGGGUGGACUCUACUGACUGGAAAGAAAGUGACCUGGCUAUGAUGACACCGAAUGAAAGAGAGUGGUAUGAACGUUUUUUACUAAAGGAAAGACCAAAAUAUAUUCCAAUGAAGCCUGAAGAUAUUGCAAGAUUAUCACCGGCCCGAAGAUAGCGAAGAAUACGAGAAUUCUAAAAUCUUCAAUUAAGGACACAUAAGACACCGAAACGAUACGCUCUGAAAAUGAACGUGUUUUAAUUCUUGUGUAUUGUUGAUCUAUGCACGCAAAGCCAUGCUCACGCCAGAUUUUAAAGCCUAUACCGUAAUGCGCAAUGCGUAAUACCGCAACAGCAACAACAACAACAACAACAACAACAACAACAACAACAACAACAACAACAACAACAACAACAACAACAACAACAACAACAACAACAACAACAACAACAACAACAACAACAAUUUAAUCCAUAAAUAAAACAUACGUACUUGUACACAUAAAGAAAUUUUACAAUACUUAGGAUACUGACUUCCCAAAAUAACCACUAAGCUAAAGAUGCUGGGAAGCCAGUUUACAAUAACGUUGAUUACUGAAUUACAUAAAGCAUACAAUUAUACUGUAUACACACACAAAGACAGAGGACAUACUGUAUAUAAUACAAAUAAUCAUAUACUGGAGUUUUUUAUUAUUUUUACAAAAUUAAUAUUUACUUAUAAAAUCUUGUUUUAAAUAUUUUUUGAAUUUUUUAAAUGAAAGUCAAAGAGAUUUAACAUGAAAACUCCAAUUGCAUUCCAAACUAUAGAUCCUUGAAAUCGUACAUUGAAUUUACCAUAAUUUGUUCUUAUUUUUGGGAGAUAGUAAGACUGUGUAGCCAAUGAACGUGUAUUAUAAUUAUGGACAUUUUCCACUGGCGUAAAAAACAAUUCAAAGGCAGGAGGUAACAUCUGAUGAUGAAAUUUAAACAUAAAUAUUGCAAUAUGUAGGGUGACAAGAUCACACAGCUUUAUAAUCUUCGACGAUUUAAAUAUUGGGCUAGAGUGCAUGCUCAUCAAAUUUGGAAAAAGUCAUAAUCGAGAAUAUUAGAAAGGGAUAAACCAUAGCAUAAUACGUGGUUAUCAAUGUAUUAGUACUAACAAAAUAGCGCAACUUAGAUAAGACACCGAUGCUUCUCUUAUUUUUUUUGCUAUAUAUUCAACCUGAGGUUUCCAGCAGAGGUGCGAAUCAAUAAACACGCCUAAAUACUUGAUGCAAUUUUUUUUGUUCCAAUUGACUAUUAUUCAGGGUUAACUGAAUGUUGGAGUGUAACCUUCUCUGAGAUGGAUGGAAAAUAACAAAGUUUGAUUUUUCUAUGUUUAAAGACAACCGGUUAGCACAUAGCCAAAUGUAAACCUUAUCUAACUCGUGAUUUAGAUUAUAUUGUAGAUUUUCUAAACUUGCGUUUCUAUAAAAUAAGUUGGCAUCAUCAGCAAAUAAAUGAAAGUCAAAUAAGGAUGAAGAGUGAUGAAAAUCGUUUAUAUAGAUCAAGAACAAUAUUGGACCAAGAACAGAUCCUUGAGGAACACCACAGGAAAUUGUUGCAAUUGAUGGGGCUUAUGUUAUUUAUUUUAACUAGUUGUUGUCUAUCAGAAAGAUACGAGGUGAACCAUUUACUGGGUAAUCCUCUAAUUCCAUAGUAAUUCAACUUUUCUAUUAAAAUUAUUAGUAUUCGUAUUUGUUCCAUUUGUUCUCUUGUAUUUGUCUGUUUCAUGCUCGUUGUGUGAAAUAAAAAUUGUGUCCACAUGUGAUGUGCGGAUGAUUUUCGACCGUAACAACGGCGUUGACAACACAGAGUAAACUACGUACAAAAUAUUUAAAAGGUAGGUUAGGGACUUAGGGUAAGAAAAAAAAAGAUUAUUGCGUGUUGUCUUUGACAAGGGUGAUCGAUUUUACAACUACAACAUAAUUCCUCGCAAAGUCUCUGAACUUCGCGUGCCACUACAUUCCUAUAUAUUCCUUCCAAUAAACUGAACUGAUUGUAAGAGGAUGCAGAUUUUCCAUAUAGAGACUUCAUCAUAUUGCUUUUUCAAGUAAGAACAGUCAAUUCAGUUCACUUCACUUCACUUCACUUCAAAUGAAUAUGCUCAAACGAAUGUGGUCAAAUUUUAUGGGGAGGCUUAGCUAUAUUUGUGACGUAUUCAGAAAAUAUGCUAAACACAGUAAAAUUAUGCCCAAACGUGCCAACUCUUGUUAGGCUAUAUCGUCAUCGCAACAUUAUGACGUCAACAUACAUAAUAUUCUCCACCCCCACCCCAUAGAUAUCCCCACCCUCAUCCAUGCUCCGCCUUAUUUUAUGCUAAUGAUGAUGCACCACCUCAUUUUAUGCUAAUGCACAUAACUCUGGUUCCUGGGUUUAUACUACAUAUAGAAAUACCGCAAAAUAAAUAUAAGAUUUCCUUAAAAGUGUCACUCGCGUCAAAAUUUUUAUUUUCUUAAACGAAAAUGCUCUUAAAAUUGUAUAGUAACUUGUUUUGAAGAUUUUGUUCCCAUACUUAGUUCUUGAGAUAUUUCAUUUUGUUUGUAACCAUGUGACGUCAUUUACUCAAUUACAUAUAUAAUGAGAUUCAGUAAUUGUUGCGUAUCUUUGCUAUUUUUUAUCAAAAUAUUUCCAAAGAUUUAACCUACAUACUGUUUUUUUUUAAACAAAUCCAUCAAGAAUAGCAAAGAUGCACAACAACUACUGAUAUCUCAUUAUAUAUGUAAUUGAGUAAAUGGCGUCACAUGGUUACAAACAAAAUGAAAUAUCUCAAGAACUAAGCAUGGCCAUGCGAACAAAAAUCUUCAAAACAAGUUACUCUGUUACUGUACAGUUUUAAGAGCAUUUUCGUUUAAGAAAGUAAAAAUUUUAAAGCGAGUGCCACUUUAAAAUUGAAUUUUGCCGUUGAUUGUUAUGGAAAUUCAAUUAAACAUAUACUUUAUAUAAUUCAUCACUUACUUUACGUGCAUUGCCAUUGGACUUCGAGAAUCUUGAUGAUGUAUUUCGGUUAAUAAAUGUCGCAUAAUUUGUGAUUUGAUCAGACCAGUUUUAUAAUCGAGCACAGUAUUACUGUAUAUAUAUAUGUUCUGUAUUCAGUAGUGCAAUGUUCCAGAAAGGAACAAAAGUUUAAUAUACUUAAUAAAUUAUUAAAAUGAUAUAAUACUCGGAGCAGAUGUUGUGAAAUGUGUUUCUGUCUCGCACACGAAUGUAUAUUUUAUCGAAGGUGAAGAUGAUGAUAACCUGUACGGCUUAUAAUACUAUUAUUUCGCUGUAUUAUCUUCCAUUUUAUUUUCUCGUUUUCACUGGCACCGUGUGUAAUGUUUUAUUGUUAUUCGGCCUUGCAAAGGAUCCCCUGAAAUGUUUCCGCAACUCCACAUCCUACCUGAUCAUGAAUCUGGCCGUUUCCGACAUUUUGACGUGUUUGUGUCGACUCACCGAAGUUCACUGUUUGCUUGGUGAUGGAAAACUGUAUUUUGUUUUACAUUUUCCUGUAUACGUUUCAAUGUUUAGUGCCUUCUUUUUGGCUAUUGAUCGAUAUUUGAUCACUGUUUUCCCUUUAAAAUAUAAACUCUUGGUAACAUGGAAAAUAACGUUGGCGGUCGUGAUAAUUCAGUGGAUCCUGUCGUUUGCUCAAGUCGUCAUUGAAGAAUCGUAUGGAAACUCGCGCUUUGGCGUUUAUUUUACAAACGCAUUCAUACUUAUAGUAGUAGCAGGUGGGGUGUACUUGUAUGCUAAGACUGCUUGGGUGCUAAACAGACAGUCUCAGUACUGGGAAAAUUUCGAAAAUCAGGCAAACAAUUUCCAAAUAGGUCGAUUGCGAAGUCAGAAACGUUUCUUGUCUACAAUAUGUUUGGUUUCAAUAACGACAGCAGUUUGCACAAUUCCAUUGAUGGUUUAUAACAUUUCUACAAGUAGUGGUGCUGUGGAUGAACACUUGAAAAGACCUGGAAGUGAUGUAGUUUAUAUUCUGUUGACCAUCUUGUUUUGUAUCAAUUUUACAGUCAAUCCUCUUCUGUAUACAUGGCGUAUGAGAAACUAUAGAGAGACUGGCAGGAAACUUUUUUGCUCGGGCUAAUACUCAAUUGUCAAUUGAAUUUCGUGAAAGAAAUAAGAUUUUCAAACUUUGGUGUUUUCUCACGUCGCCAUAUUUUCAUGCUUAGGGAGUGGUCAUUAUUUAUGGGGAGGGGGGGUUGGGAAAUGGGGAAAAUAAGGAUUGAAAACUUUUUUGACCCCCCCCCCUUCCAGACUGAAGGAAAACUUUUUGUGCCUCCCCCCUCAUAAAAGUGCCCCCUUUUUCUGCCCCCUCCCCAGUGUGGAUUGAAAAAUUAACAGCAAUGAAACAGGUGUGCGUUGCAGGUAAAGUUAGAUAUUAGGACAAUCUGUUUAAUCUAGCUCAUGAUGUUUUACCCUGGUGAAUAUGAUUCAACCAUAUGAUUAAAAAAUAUAUAUUAUGUGUUACUACUUUGCAAUGCAACAUUUGUCUUACCCUAACCCAUGACCCGUCUUCAUACAGCGAAAUGAUUUGAACACAGGGUUUUUUUAAGAACUUGUCUGGGGGGUGGGCAUCUACAAAAAGGGACCAUACUAUAUUGAGUGUGGAGAGAUGACAGAUGGUUGUUGGUGACAAAACGUUUGGUGUGGUAUCAUAUAUACUAGUAGGGAGGUCUGGGGGUAUUCUCCCCCAUAAAAUUUUUUGUAUUUUUCCACCCCUAGAACUGAAAUGUGAGCCGUUUUCUGAAACAGAUUUUUGGAUAUACAGCGUUACAUUGUGCGUUGAUAGACCGAAUCUGAUCAGUUAAGUGUACUUGCAUGCUAUGUUUAUGUAAAUACCACAACUGGGUCACUCAGGGGGUAGAAAGCUUGUUAAAUUUAGUGGGCCCGACUCCCACGAUCGCGAGGCGCUGCCAUGGUUGGCGCCGAGCAGGGAAAUAUUGAAAAUUUCGAGUCUCUAAAUCGUUGGAAAUAGCAUUUUCAGAGUCUUCUUUUUUGCUAUUUGUGAUUAUAGAAAUCAGAACUCUAGACAUGGUAUUUAAGUUCAAAAACCUUUAUGACCCCCCCUUUCUCUGUGUUAAAACUUUUUUGCCCCCCCUAUUUAUAAGGGUAAAACUUCGUUUGCCUCCCCCCUCCCCCCCCUCCCCAUAAAUAAUGACCACUCCCUUAAACAUUUUGAUGAUCAGAAAUUGUUAUCUUGUUAACAUAUUGAUAUUAAUUGUCGUAUUGUGGAAAUAUAUAUUUCAAUGAACAUUAUUGAAAAUAUUGUACUAUUUUAACUUAACUUAAAUCCGGUCCCUCCAGUGAAUGAGAUAGUUAAUUAUAUAUUCACGCAAUAUAAAAAGCAAAUGUAUACGGGAGAGCCCAAACUUGCGAAUUUGGGGUAUGUAUGUUCCAGCUCGGUGCCGUACAGUAAAACAAAAUGGCGGACAUUCAGUGAAAAAGUGGCAACAUAAGUAUUUUAAGUUUGCAAAUUCAUGACCAGCAAGAACGGGUCAAAAUACUGAAAAUUUAGUGUUUAAAGCGUUGCGCCAAAUUCUGUUUGGUAUUGCCCUGUAAUAUAUUUUUGUGUUUUUUAAAACUUUAAUUCACCCUUUGCUUUGUAAAAUUGUAGUUAAUAAUAAUACAAUUAUGUUUAAUUUAAAAGUUAUUUUAACCAGUUUAUUUUGACCAAGUCCAACUAAAUUCCAAAGCAAAGACUUUGCCGUUUUUUAAAGAGCUAGUGAUUCUACUAAGUAUUACAUGGGCAAUUAAUUUAAUACCAAAGUAAAUCAGAAAAAUUAACCUUCCGUGAUUUUUUACCGCAAUAAAAAAAUGAUAGAUAUCUCCUGGCCUUUUGGCGGAAUUAUUGAUUUAGCAUUUUUGAAAAUGUCAAUUCCCUGGAUAUGUAUAGAACUUGUUAAGUAAUAUUUAAAGCACGCGUAGGAGUGUUUUAUCACAUAUAAAACACGACGCGUAGCGGAGUGUUUUAUAUGUGAUAAAACACGACUACAAGUGCUUUAAAUGGCUUAAAAAAACGACUCAUCUUAUACGAGUUCAUUGGCGAAGUAAUUUUUAAAAUAAACUUUGUCUAAACCGAGAAAAUCAAAGCUAAAGUUUAUGUAAAUUAACAUGAUUUUUUAUCACAUAUAAAACCACGACAAGCUUAUGAUUUUUCUUUGUGUUUUGCUCCUGAAUUAUUAAUGAGUUUUUUAAAUAUAUUUCAAAAACUCGUUAAUAAUUCAUGAAGCAAUUAUCCAAUCUUGAGUAAGAAAUUAGUCACGUGGAUACGUCUUUAUACCAGCUAAAGAACACUUUAACAAAAGACCAUUGUUAUGCAAACUAUAUAAAGAUUUUUAUAUAAAGAUUUUUAUAUAAAGAUUUGACUUAUUAUGCAAACGUUUUUGAAGCCAUUUAAAAAACUCGCAGGUCGUGUUUUAUUAGGUCUAAAAGCCACUCGCGCUGCGCGCUCGUGGCUUUAAACCUAAUAAAACACUCCUGCUCGUUUUUUAAAUAGUACAUACAGUCAUACAGAUAUCAUCUAAUGGUAAAAAUAUUUAAAUGUUUGCCGCACAAGCAAAAUGUUGUAAGAGGAGCAUAAAAAUUAACUCUUGUGCCUCUAAGGCAUAAAAGUGUUGAACGUAAAUGGCCUCCCGUUGGUAGAUUUUUUAAUUAUAUUUUCUAAUUAUUAUUUAUAUUCCAGCAUUAUAUCUGUCUAUCUUGAAGAUCUCAACUCGAAUUAUAUCUCAUUUGUGUCGGUUUUCUUUGAUAGUCCGAGGUUUAUAACUAGCUAAUAUACCUUGAAUAAAUAAUUACAUCAAACUUUUCGACGCGAGAAUUUUUCAUCAAAAAUUUUUGAAAAUGACAAAAUAUUUUAGAAAACCUCCACAAAUGAGAUAUAAGUUAGUUAUAAACCUCGAAAGUCGGUUUAUAACUGAUAUAUUGCCCUCGGACGCUGCGCGUCCUCGGGGGCAAUAUAUCAGUUAUAAACCUCCUUCUCGGUUUAUAACUCUAACUUAUAAUAUGUAGAAAAGGGGUAGAUUACCGGUUAUGAUAAUGGUCCGGUUAUGAAAAGUGUCCCAUUAUUAAACACUAAAAUUAAAUAAAUUUGAAUACUUUAGAUUCCCGGCGAAGGCGUUUCAUCACUGCAAACUAACCUGUUUGCCCAGAACAUGCUGACAGUCAUUGCCCUGGAUAACUCAUCUGUCAAUCAGAUCAGUUGCGAGAACUGUAUUAGUAAGGAACCACCAGUGUCUAGAUGUACCCUGUGUCGAAAAUUCCUCUGUAAUUUCUGCACGACUGCCCAUCGUCGGUCACGUGACACGAUUGAUCAUCAGCUAUCGAGUUUGGACGACGUACGCUCCUGCCUUCCUGGUGAACUGGCCAAGCCGUUGUUUUGCAACGUGCACAAAAAGGAGAAGUUGGUUUUAUAUUGCGAGUCGUGUCAGUGUUCUGUUUGUAGAGAUUGUACAAUGAUGGAACACCGCAGUCACAAGUAAGUUUGUGUUAAUCAGCGCACUUUGACAUCUAGCGCAAACUGCUUUGCAUUGUUCACAUGUGUAACUGACCUUGUACUCUGACUUUGUACAUAAGAUGCUCAGUUAGCUAAUACUAAUUGUUUAAUUUACGCGAGGUCUACAAGAUAAAGGAUAUCGAUAGAGUUGCAAUAUAAACAACUUACACUGUAUAAUUUGCCCAGAAACAAAGCAAAUUUGGUUUUCGUUUGUAUUGUAGCCUACGAGGUAGACGACCGUCUUUCAAGUGUUCCACCGCGGGAAGACCGUCUGCCACGCAAGUUAUUUCUGUUGCGGCAUCGAGUAAAUCUCAUUUAAUUCUAUAAGCCUUAUUCUAAAAUGACUCCCGUGAUAUGAAAUGAGUCAUGGGGCGAAUUUUUCGCGUAGUUAUUAAUAUUAUAUCACGUCCAACAUGUUUGGCAAAAAGCAAGAUAUUUAUAUUUAAACCAAAGCUGGUAACAGAAAAGAGGGGUGAAGCAGUCGUUUGAAAUAUGUCCGAAGGGAAGUACAAACAUUUGCUUUCAGGAAUAGUUCAGGAAUUGAUAUCGUGAAAGGUGAAACAGACAUACACUACCAUUUUUGCGCCAAAACUCCAAAUGAAUUUAUUGCAUCAAACAUGCAGUAGUUAUAUACAAUAUCAAACAUGCCAAGCAACUCCAAUUACUCCAUAGCUUAAUUCCAGUAUUUACUUUCAGAUACGCGUUUGCCAAAGAAAUCUACAAUAAAGAACGCAGUAAAAUAGCUGAGCAACUAAGCGAGGCAAGAUCGACAGGUUUGUUUUUGAAGCAAGGUCUUGCUGCGGUCAGCAAAAUGCGCACGAACGUGGACGAGAGAACACGAGCGAUGAUUAAGGAACUGAAUGAUAUCUUCACGCAAUGUAUGCGCACGAUAAACGAUCGAUACAGCUUUCUUUACAAUCAAGUACAAAACAUCCGCAACGAACGUUUGCUGCACCUUGACGCCCAGAAGUCCGAACUGGAAUACGCGUUUGGUUCCAUUCAGAGCAGCAUUGGUUUCACUGAGUUGACGUUGCGUAAUAGCACCCAAGUAGAAGUUCUUGCAAUGAAGAAGUAUAUCAUGGAUCGCAUGAAGGAAUUAACUGGAGCGCAAUACAACUGUAUCCCCGUGGCUGAUGACAACAUUCGCUUGACCGUCGAUAAUACUAUCAUGCAGCUUCUCUCUCAGCUUGGUAGAGUAGAAGAUACGAAUACAAGUCCAUCGGCUUCUGUUGUCAAAGGAAUAGAUGCGCCUGUUAUUGCCCGUCAGAUGGCCAGCUUUCUGGUGCAGUGUUACGAUGGCCGUGGUAAUCCUCGCAACAAAGGCGGUGAUCGCAUUGUUGUCACUGUCCAAUCCGCUGACGACAGCUCAUUGCACAUCAAGAGUGAGAAAUGUUUCCAAGCUCAAGUUGUUGAUCGACAGAAUGGUUGUUAUUCUGUAACCUACACACCAAUCAACAGCGGUGAACAUCUUAUCACAGUGUUCAUCAAUGGAAUGGUGCUCAAAGGAAGUCCAUUUUCUGUACACGUUCUAGAGAAUGCUGCAGGCAUCAUUCCACCGAUAUCAGCUGAAUCAUCGGCAUUUUCUCAGUCUCAUGAAGAUCCAUCUACUCUGGCAGACCCACUGUUGCAGUUUGUAAACUCUUCCCAAGCCUUCGAUAUUGAUGAGUCCGCACGUUCUGAGUUAAAGCGCCACGAAGAUGAUCCCGAGGGAAUUAUUUGUCCGAAGAAAUUCAAGCUUGAACCGAACGACUUUGAUUCACUUCCAGAUCAAUUGUUCGCCCACUCGCCUGAUGCAAUUCGAGUCAAGCAAGAACACAUCGAUACACCAAAUAUUUCAAGCACUUGCAGUUUAGACUCUGAAUCCAAUCCGAAAUUAGUAGAAGAAACCUCGUCUCAAUCCACCAGCAAACAUGACAGUAAACCUGAAGAGAAAGAGCAGCAGGUAGAUUCUUCUCCAGCGCUAGCACCAUUAAGCGCGAACUUCUUGGCCGAGCAUUUAGAAGAAAUAUCGAGUGAUCAUGACUUCAAAGAAAAGUUCGCUGAUUCCGUAAUGUUAGAUGAUCACAUCACGGGUUCAAAUUCGAACAGUUACAUUAAACUUCAUUCCCCAGAUUUCUCGGUGGAUCAUCUGAACGGUACAAAUAAUGGCCCAUCCUCGCAUGAUAACCGCUUGCCAAGUGAUUCGCCAGCGCAGCAUAUAGCCUGCAAAAUGAAUACGCCCGAACACGAGUUCACUAAUGAGAAUGAACACUCUUUUGUGGAUAUGAGAAAAAAUGAUGAGAUAGAGAAGAAUUUAUCGACAGAUAACAAGCCCGAGUUUUGUGAAUUGGAGUCGCACGAGAGCGAGAUACCAUUCAAAGCAGAGUCUUCAAAUGCAACGGAUAGUGAGGAGCUCAUUGAAGUGGCGAUGGCUCCUGUAGAAUCAGACAGGAUGCGGACAGAAACCACAGCGAUGGAGGUAACGGAUGAGAACGAAAGUGAGUUUAAUGAAGUAAAGAACGGCGAACCUAAGCAAGAAGAAACCUAAUAUAUAUUUUUGUUAUUUGCAAAACAGAAAUUUACACUUGAAAUGCAUAUAUCGUUUGUGUUGUUUAAAGGGGUGUAAAAAGAGGACGAAAAGUGAGAAUUAGAAUGUUAUCUUACCGUUUAAAGAAAAUAUUAUAAAAAACAAGCGCCGAAGAAAAGCAUCUUUUAAUUAAAAGUCAAAUUUGGUAUGGUAACGUUGCUACUUUAGGGACUUUUAAUAAUUAAGUAUGAAAUUCGCCAUGCAAUAUUUUUAUAUCGGUAACAUAAAAUUUAAGACCAAUUCGACAAUCUAAAGUAAGUUGUUUAAACUAAAACUAUGCAUGUAUGCUAUAUGCAUGGACUAUAUAAAGUAUAUAUUCUUAUGUAGUCCUCAUAAACUCUGCAAAAUUACUCAAAUAAACUCGUUUUAUUUAUACAUGCCGGUAUAUAUUAUAAACAUGCUCUGACUCUGUCGCACAAAUUCCAGCACGGUUUGCUGGGCUGGCCCGCUAAUUAAGUGCAUUCAUAUAUACGAUUAGGAAUUAUUAAGGCGGGAUAUUGCAUCGCUUCAAGCGCGAGCUCGGCAAACUAGGCUGGGCCGCUUCCCAUGUGAAUCAAAUCUCAAAAACAUAUAAAAAGAAUAUACUGUAUGAGGCGAGAUCUCGCCUCUUGCGAGCCAGCUUAGCUGACAUGCACAUUGCCCUAAGAAAUUGCAAUUUUUAAGAUCAUUUCCCUGUUUUGAGCGAAUUAUAUUGGAAAGAACAGACAAAUAUAAUGUCUGCAGACUCCUGGCCUUUAAACGGCAACAUGAUUCGAACAGCAUUCUCUGAUGAUUUGCUGAUGACAUACAUGCAGGUACCUUGUUGGGUACCGUUGAUGCUGUUGACUGACGAGUUUGAGAUUGUGGUAGGAUAUCUGAGGCACUAACACAUCUGUCAGGUCAUGUCUGUCAGUGAAACACUUCCAAAAUGAAGAAAGACGAAAAGUUGUUAUAAAGAAAUCGUUUAUAAUUUUAGAAUCAACCAAAGAAUAUAAUUGCUGAACUGUCUCGUAUAAAAAAAAUGCAUGACAGUCCAAUUACAAGGUGCUUUUCUUCGGUGUUUGCGUUGGGUUUUAAAGAUGUGAAUUAGCUAUUAAUGGCCGUAUUUACAUUAGAAGACGUCUUAAACAUCUGGAAACUGGACGAAUUAAACGUCUUUGAAGCUUCAAGCAAAUCGCAUCCAAUAGGUUUAGAGACAAAACAAAAGACAUAUUAUGUAUUAACAAGUUUAUAUAUAACACAUCUCAAAGUUUAUAAUAUUCAAAAUAUAUCGACCGUUGAAGAAACUGUUACUCCUAUAGCGCUAGCUGUGGCGAAAUAACAUGGACACAUAUUAAUAUAUAACUCUCUGUACAACUAUAUAAAUAUCGACAGGCCCAGUUGUACGUAUAGGUCGAAAUCGACCUACGGCUACGACUUUGGAAAAUGAUUUGAAAAUUCCACUGUUCAGUUAAGCAAAUUAAAAUCUCAUAUCGAU